CAGUUAAGAGCACCAAGUAGUACAGAGGCAGUCGAGGACACGACACCAUCACGAUUACCUCCGCCAUGCUGGUGUACUUGAUCUUGAGCGUCUUGAUCGCACUCCUCCUUGGGCUCAUCCUGUACCUGGCGUGCUUUGUGCCAUACCGCCAGAGCGUGCUCACAUCCCAAGAUCUGACCGUGUUCCAAGAGCCCGAUGCCGAUGUCUUUCGUGAAAACUUGUCCGACAGCUUUGUGGAGCAACAGUUGUGGGUCUGCAGUGUCUGUUCGUUCUCGAACCUCCCCGACAAAGCCCAUUGCGACCUCUGCCAAACCGUGCGCGAAACCAAGCGAUUUAAAAUGCCCAGUCUGUGGCAGCCCCUGUUCCAACCAAGGACCAAACCACAUCAAGACGUUAAACGAAGCCGCGCGAAAUCCGACGAGCUGCGCCUGAACAAGGUCCAGCUAGCCGCAUCCCGCCGCCACAACUGGAAGCGCGAAGCCAUGUCGAACGGCGAAGAACGAUGGGUGCGCGCGAUGCCUCACCAGCACGACAACCACACGGCCAUGCUGGGAGAGGACUCCCUAGACAUGAGAUCUUCCCGAGGGUCCAGCUGCAUGUCCCUUGCGUCUGUCGGCUACGUGCGUGUGCGCGAUUCCACCGGACGCCUCGUCUUGAACGAAUCAGAUCAAGUCAUGGGAGCGCAUCGGUUUGCCCCGAGGCGGUUUGGCCUGGCGUCGGCGGCGCUGGUGCUCGAAGUGUCCAAGAUGCCUUUCCUUAGUAAACUCAAGUGGUAUUCCAUGGAAGUCCACCGCCUGUGGGUGCCGUGGGAGCUCGGCCACGUUGAAUUUGUGGUGCGGCGGGACCACCUUGUAGAAGACUCGUUGGCGAACGUGAUGUGCCUCAGUCCGGAGCAACUACGACAGCGAUGGCGGGUCUCUUUUGCAGGCGAGCCAGCCCUGGAUGCCGGCGGAGUGCUUAGGGAAUGGCUGGCUUUGCUGGUUUUGGCACUUUUCGAGCCAUCGUUUGGGCUGUUUGUUUCGACCGCUAGCUCUGAUCAUUGCGCUUGGAUCAAUCCAAUGUCUGGGGCAUACCAAGAUCGCCACUUGGAGUAUUAUUCGCUCGUGGGGCGCGUAGUGGGCAAGGCCUUGUUUGAAGAACAACUAUUACCUGUACAUUUGACCCUACCGCUGCUGAAGCAUAUCUUGGGCGUACCGAUUUCAUUUUCGGACUUGCAGUUCCUUGACGAUGAACUGUAUCAGAGUUUGGUGUGGCUCAAACGGUGCACCAGUGCCGCCGACGUUGAAGCGCUCGCGUUGGAUUUCACAGUGACUCGAACAAUCCCUCGACAAGCGUUAAAGGGUCACAGAGAGGUGGAAUGUAUUCCACUAGCUCCGGGCGGGGACUGUAUAUCCGUGACAUUAGUCAACAAAGCGGCGUACUUGGACUUGGUGUUUCAGUAUCACAUAUUGGACAGCGUCUCAUAUCAAUUGCUUCUGCUCCUUGGUGCGCUCUACUCGGUCGUGCCGGAAGAGUUGCUCAAAGUGUUUGAUUACAAGGAACUCGAGCUGCUUCUCUGCGGAGUACCCACCGUGGACGUCGAUGACUGGCAGCGCCACGCCCAAGUGUCAUUUUUACAAGAAGUGACCCCGCCGUCGCGGUUAGAACUGCAAAACGUGGCUUGGUUCUGGGCCAAUUUGCAUGAUUUGUCGAAUGAACAGCGAGCCAAGCUGUUGCAAUUUGUCACGGGGAGUAGUCGUGUGCCCGCGCAAGGCUUCAAGGCACUGAUCAGCACGGACGGCCGGGUGCAACCGUUCAAGCUGUCGUUCUGUCCGAUGGAGCACCUGUACCCGCGGGCCCACACGUGCUUCAACCGACUCGACUUGCCCCUCUACGAAUCGAAGAGCGAAAUGCUCACUUAUUUAAUCGCGGUGGUAUCCCAAGAUGCGACAGGGUUUUCUAUGGAGUAGGAGGAGAGUGUAUGUACACCGAAGAUGACCGUGAUCAUUGGUCGUGCUCCAAACUUGUUAUACCACGAAAUAAUAUUAACUUCAAUUGGAAAUGUCAA